CGGAGUAAAUUGCCAUCUCAAUACACUACUACUAUUCAAAGAAAAAUGAGUUUAUUUUAAAUUACUCUACCAAUAAGGGACACUUUUUUAUUCUUGUGCUUUGUAGAAGGCACUACAGAAAUAGAGAGAAUCUACCUACCUGCUAUCAAACUCCCAGAAAUUUCCAGAUUUUGUAACUUUUUGGGCUUAUCACACCCACCUGUGGCACGUUAAUAUCGUCAAUCCUCAUCGUCUUCUCCUCUAUAUCAUCAACUCAUAUAUUUUCCUGAAUUUGGCAAAUCAUCAGAGGUUGAAACAAGAACACAAAAGUUUAAUCGUACAGAAGAGAGAGUAAUUACUUGAUCGUUUGCUCAUGGCAGCUCGGUUAACAGCAGCCCCGAAGCUGAAUAACGGCCACCUGAGUGUCUUGUUGAUGCUUCGGAAUGGACGUCGUCCGCCGGCGGGCUUCAGAUUUUCCUCCUCCGUUGGACGAACGGCCGAUCCCCAUGUUCACGCCGGCGAUGUUGAUGUAAGUUCGCAUUAUAGGAAAUGCUUUAGUGCAAAUAUUUCUUAUUUUUAACAUUAUAUGUCGGCUUGACAUUUUAUCGAACACAUGGGGUGCGCGGUGCGGGCGAAGGUAACUAUAUGUGUGAUUUGUUUGCAGGGCGAUGACGCAGCAGAGGCGAAAAAAGCAGAAACAGCAAAGGGGGAACCGGAGAUCCACCCCGCCGGAACCGGUGAAUGGCCGUUUUCGUCGCCCAGUUCGCCUCUCCGAUCAUCGCCGAAGAUAGGAAGCAGGGGCGCCGGCUACCCGGUCGAUCCAAACCUGCAACAGAAACGCCGCAAUUCCGACUCCGCAACACCAGCGCCGCCGCCGUUAUCAGAGGUGACCUGCGCGGGGCUCGACGGCGGUCCGUGGCCGGAGGAAACCACGGAUCGGCGUGCUCAAGAGGAAGACGACAGGGAGUACUUCAUGCACCACAAGGCGACGCCGCUGUCGGAGGUGAAGGUGGCUGACACGAGGAAGCCGGUGACACAAGCGACAGAUUCGUCGGGCGGGGGAGGGAGAUCGGGGGAGGUGUUGACGUGGCAGCCGGAGCAGCUGGAUACCGCGGAGGGAUCGCUGUUGAGAGCGAUGGAGAUAUGGAAGUACAACGCUGUGAGGGGAGACCCGGAUUCGCCUCACGGCAAGAUUCUUAGGGAGCUCAGAGGGGAAUAUUGGUGAAAACUGAAACCAAACAAUCCUUCCUUGCUUCCCUUCAAUUCGUCACCUUCAUAUCUUCUGCUUAAAAAACCUCCUUGUAAAUUUUGGUGUGCCCUUUUCUUCUCUCUUUUUUACUAACUCCCCCCUUCAUUUAGACUUUUGGUGGUUGUUAAGAAAAAUUAAAAAAAGGUAAAAAUUUACCACAAUACCUUUAAUGAAAAUAGGUGGAAUUUAUUAAAUAAAGUGGGUGACGUGUAAUAAAUAAAGUAAGUGGGGGUAAUUGUAGUAUUUUAGUUGUUAAAAAAUGAAAUGAGAAGAUCAAUUGUGGACAAAGAAAAAGGGCUAUUGGGAAAAUCUAUGAAGGACAAGGGGAAUAGUUUAAAUGAUGUGUGAACUUCAUAAAACAAAAUAAAUUCUAAAAAUUAAAUUCUAAACAUGGUA